CUGCACAGCCACACGGAGCCAGGUGAGCCACCUGAGCAGCUGGCCUUACUGCACAGCCACACGGAGCCAGGUGCGGGGAAACACUCCACAUACUGACCAUCCCUGGGUUGGAGAGAGGGUGGAAGAGGCAGUGAUAAGACUGGUGAUCCGCAGGGGGGUGACCAUUCAGGGCCAAUGACAUACGGGGUGACAAUAGACAAUGGACAAUAAACAAUAGGUGCAGGAGUAGGCAAUUCGGCCCUUCGAGCCAGCACCGCCAUUCAAUGUGAUCAUGGCUGAUCAUCCACAAUCAGUACCCCGUUCCUACCUUCUCCCCAUAUACCCUGACUCUGCUCUCCCUAAGAGCUCUAUCUAACUCUUAGUGGUUGUGACUUGGUGGCCUCAGUCAGUGCUGCAUGAUCCAUGGAGGCCUCUCUCCCAUAACUGGAAGCAGCUCCUUUCACUUGUCAGCAGCACCUUGGCUGCAAUGUUUCUGGUGAAACUUUAAACGCCAGUUGGAGCUGCCACCUGAAGGAGGCUUUUAGGAAAGGAUCUAUACCACCCGGUCAUGGUGAUGUCCAUGCCUAUUGCAUGCUGCCCGAAGUUCAGGCUCCAAGCUGCAUGUGUCAGUGCAGUUCAGAUCCAAGACUGACAACCAUCACCUUGUAUCUAAUCCAGGACAUCUUUGUCGUGUCAGAAACUAACAAUGCCUUUGCAGACGAAAUGUGUAGGAGGAUCUCGACCCAAAAUUACCACCCAUUCCUUCAAUCCAGAGAUGCUACCUCUUGUAGUCACUUGAACUCUUUGAUGUCUUUACAGGCUGCUCUCAGCAGUGGCUGUUUCACCAUUUGUUGUCAGGUUUCAGUAAACAUUUCACAUCAUGCUCAGGUUUGAUGGUGCAUUAUUGCAUCAUCUGGCCUGAGUUCACAUAAGGCCAGGUUUACUGUUGCCAGCCCUCAUCAUGAACUGGCCCUGCCACCCGUCUCUAUUCUCCUACAGUGGAGACUCCAGUGCUGGCCUUCCACGCACAGCCGACCUCUCACUCACACGCACACCAGCGGCGGCAGAAUCCCGUUCCACAGCUGUCUGCAGGGUGUUGUGCUCAGAUGGCGGAACAUGGAAGACUAACUCUCCUGCAUUGAUGGGUGGGGUGAAGUCAAAUUGGCGAUAAUUUCGUACUAACAAAAGGACCAAGAUCAAUCUCAAUUCAAAAGUCCCUCCAACAACUGCCAGGGUCAAAGCCCAUUCUACAGAGCGUACAAUAGCAAUUAUAAUCAAUCACACCCAGUCAGAAGGCUGAAAAUUCAGUGAACAACCCGCUCGGGAAUAUUCAUGUCAAAAACAACAAUCACUUUGAAAUUGGUUCAAAGGAAGGUGAAUUUUCAUUACCUAAUAUCCAAAUCUGACCACCCAUCUUCACUUUGAAUAAAACCUGAUAUUUAUCUGUAUAUUUCCAACAUUGACUAUAAACAUCAGAUAACACAACCUCAAACUUAACUUUAUGGAAUUCAGUCUGAAAGAAAAGUCCAAUAACCAAAUAUCCGGACAAACAUAAGCUCUUGCUUGACCAGGUCAGUUUAGUUAGUGAAAAUCCAAUUUGUAGAAAACAUAUCAAUUAAAUAAUCGUUGUCAUAGUGAGUCAAGGCGAGUCAGAUUUAUAGACGGAGAGAGCACAGCACAUCGUCAGCUGUCCGUCACUGACAAAACUAGAUUAACUUGGAAAUCCAUGAACCAACCAUCUUCCACGUGCCAGACCUGCAGUUUGGUCAAUGAUUCUGAUGGGAAGAGUGAAGGUCCAUCUGUAAAAGUCUCUCAGUGCUCUGGUCUAGGUGAUAAUUGAGCCAGUGCAACAUCAGUGUGAUGGGGGUUCUACUGUCAAGCCGGAAGAGCAAGUUGCCCACAAGUGGAUCAGAUGAAACGCUAAGUGGUAGCAAGUGCACAAGCAAACCUGAUGAGUUUCCAUCUACCCAGGGGACAUCCAACAAUUACUUAGCAUUUGCUGCAUUUCACCAAGACCCGAGGACUGGAGGGGUUCUGCAAUCUGUCAGUGAGUAUGUUGUUCUUAAUGAAUGCUCUUCAGCUGUGGAAAGACAACAGAAAAAGUUCAAUCACAAUGCUGACAAUAAAAACUCUGUAGAUCUGGCCCAGUCUAGUGACAUACUAAAGGGCAGGCGAAUGUCAAUCAAAGAUAAUCCAGGCCUGAUUGGUCGCCUAAUGACACUCGGCAGUAGCUUUGAGCCAAAAGCUUUCAAGGUGGAACCAGGCUCGAUCCUCAAGGCAUGGGGUUUAAGGCCAAGCAGCAAUGAUCCCAGUUUAAUGGACUUUCUGCAGUUGAGCACUACUGACCUUUCACAACUGGAACAGCAGAUCAUCCAUGAUGGUGUGCAAGUAAGUUUAAUGGAAAAUAACUUGGAAGAUCCGACAGAUCAAAGCCUCGUCAAUGAAUAUCCCAGCACAUCAGACCAUUAUCCAUCCAAUUUCAAUAUUCAUCAAUCAGAAAUUCAAAGUUCAACGAGAAGAAAAUAUGUUCUGGCAUCUUCUACAUUGGAAAAUGCUGGUCCGACUCAACUAGAACAUCCAAUGUUGAACAACCCUCCCAAGAGAAACUUUCCACGACUUUCAGGAAACCCCCCAUCUGCUGCUGCCCCUUCUGGUCAAACUGAAGGUGAAAGGUCAGCUGGUAAUAUCCCCUAUCUUACACGAAGGCAGCGACGGGUAGUUGACCCGCAGACUCAAACAGAACAUCUAACGUCAAACAUCACCAUGCAUGGAAGACCAAAGUAUUCAGCGACCAUCACCAUUGAUCCUGUUCGAAUGAGAGAAAAAAUAUCGCUCAGUAAUAAUCCUCAACAGGUGAGAUAUUACAUUCAGUUAAUCCCCACAGGAAUCCCAGUUGCAAGUAGCAAUGAGUCUGGCCCAUCAGAAUGUCGACCAUCAAACACCGUCGGCCUUCAGCAAACACAACGCCAUCUUGCAAUGAGCAACAUUCCUUGCCUGAAGAGACAUUCUGUGGAGAGUGAGGAUCAAGUGAGAACAAUUGGUCUAAUCAUCAGUCAAGCUUCACCUGAGAUCACUGAGCAGGGUAACUCAAUUAGCAACAAGUUGUCCAAGCAGAAGAAACAUCUCGAGUGACAAUUUUCAGUCCAACCCAACCACAACAGUCACUUAGCAAAUACAAAUCAGAACCUCAAGCAUCAGUCGAUGAUAAAAUUGCACUCCUGACCUCCACACAUCCUAUGCUGGACAACGAACGGUCUUGGUCAAGGGAAGAGUAGACUUUGUCAAUGUUAAAGGCGACUGAACAAAACUCAAACAUUAAACAUCAAAAUUUCCAAUCACACAGGAGAAUUACUUUGAAAGAAUGACAAUCUACCCCUGGAGUCCAAGUUGACGCAUCACUUUAAAUCUUAUUCGUUUGGAGAGUGAGAUCUUGAUCUCAACUGGUAAUAACAUUUCCAGCACUAGUAGUCACACGUAGUCAAACUGUGGGAGUGAUCCACAAGAACACCAGGUGAUGAGUGUAGUUUGUAAUUCAAGGGUUGACACUAGCACAUAGUACAUGAUGCCAAGACCUACUCCUAUCUGCCUGUGUAUAAUCCAUAUCCUUCCACUCUCUGCAUAUCCAAAAGUCUCUUCAAUGCCACUAUCGUAUCUGCCUCAACCACCACCCCUGGCAGUGUGUUCCAGGCAUUCACACCCUCUGUGUAAAGGAACUUGCCCCGCAAAUCUCCUUUAAACUUUACCCCUCUCACCUUAAAUCUGCAUCGUCUAGUAUUUGAUUUUCCAUCCUGGGAAACUAUCUCUGGAGACUCAAGGAACUGCAGAUGUUAAAGUCUUGAACAAAAAACAAAGUGUUGGAGGAACUCAGCGGAUCGGGC